GCACACACAGACACCCCGACGCACAGACACACACACGCACACACAGACAGACACACACGCGCCCUCCCCUGCCUCCCUCCCCGCGCGCCGCCCGCCCCGCCGGCCCCGCUCGCCCUCGCGCGCUCGGAAGGGAGUCGCGAGACGUCGGAGCGGCGGCCACGUAGCGCUGCGGCGGCGGCGGCGGCGGCGGCGGCGGCGACGGCGGCGGCAGCGGCGGCGGCGGCCGAGGCCGGGUCUGUGGAGCGGCCCUGAGGAGAGACGUUGGGCGGGGUGGGGGGGAGGGGCCGGCCCGGCCGGCGGUUGUUACUCGAGCGCCGCGGCUACAGGCCCCCCGCCGCAGGGAUGGACCGCCGAGGCGGCGGUCGGGGCGGCGGAGGCGGAGGCGGCCGGCCCGGAUAAGAUGCUCCAAGUUGCUUGCAGCUAUCUUCAGAAGAAAAAUCACUAGCGCCCUGCUCUUGCCAUCAAACCAGACCUUCUUGACUUACGCUUUGGUGCUGCAACACUGGAAGACUUGCACACAGGUUCCAGAAAUCCCUUCUUUUUCAUGUGAUUGCUUCUUUGUGGAUGGGAAAAAAAAAAAAGAUUUGAGUCGUAUUGUUUAGAGCAAGUUCUCUUUAGUUGGAACUGCUUAAUCAAUUGGGCCGCUUACCAAUGAGCCAGGCUGCCAGUUCUUGUCAGGAGCUGGCUGAAAACUGUGCUGCGCAUGCAGUGGGGAUGGCACAAGAAGAGAGCUGUCGCGCUCAGGUGCCGUCGACCUUUUAUCAUGGUGCCAGCCAAGAGCUUGAUCUGUCCACCAAAGUGUACAAGCGGGAGACAGGAAGUCCCUAUUCUGUGUUAGUGGACGCCAAGAUGAGCAAGCCGCAUCUCCAUGAAACAGAGGAACAGCCGUAUUUCAGGGAGACAAGAGCCGUGUCGGACGGGCGUGCUGGCAAAGACCAGGAGAAUUCUGAUGACACAGAAGAGGAGGAAGAGGAGGAGGAGGAGGAGGAGGAGGAGGAAGUCUCUUACAAAAGGGAGCAGAUCAUAGUGGAGGUAAACCUUAAUAAUCAAACAUUAAAUGUCUCUAAAGGGGAAAAGGGUGUCUCUUCUCAGUCCAAAGAGACUCCUGUUCUUAAGACGAGCAGUGAGGAGGAAGAGGAGGAGAGCGAGGGAGAAGCCACCGACGACAGCCACGACUAUGGAGAGAAUGAAAGACAGAAGAAAAAGGAGAAGCGCGUGGAGAAAGUCAGCGUCACGCAGAGGAGAACCCGGCGAGCUGCCUCGGUUGCCGCGGCUGCUGCUUCCCCCACACCCAGGACGACCCGCGGGGGCCGGAGGAAGAGUGUGGAGCCCCCGAAGCGGAAGAAGCGGGCUGCCAAGGAGCCCAAAGCGCCGGUUCAGAAAGCUAAGUGUGAAGAGAAAGAGACGCUGACCUGUGAGAAGUGCCCCCGGGUGUUUAAUACUCGCUGGUACCUGGAGAAGCACAUGAACGUUACUCAUAGGCGCAUGCAGAUUUGUGAUAAGUGUGGCAAGAAGUUUGUGCUGGAAAGUGAGCUGUCUCUUCACCAGCAAACAGACUGUGAAAAAAAUAUUCAGUGUGUGUCCUGUAACAAGUCAUUCAAGAAACUCUGGUCCCUUCAUGAACAUAUCAAGAUUGUUCAUGGAUACGCAGAAAAGAAAUUUUCCUGUGAAAUUUGUGAGAAGAAAUUCUAUACCAUGGCUCAUGUGCGGAAACACAUGGUUGCGCACACAAAAGACAUGCCAUUUACAUGUGAGACCUGUGGAAAAUCCUUCAAGCGUAGCAUGUCCCUCAAGGUGCACUCCUUGCAGCACUCUGGAGAGAAACCCUUCAGGUGUGAGAACUGUGACGAAAGGUUCCAGUACAAGUACCAGCUGCGCUCCCACAUGAGCAUCCACAUCGGACACAAGCAGUUCAUGUGCCAGUGGUGCGGCAAGGACUUCAACAUGAAGCAGUACUUCGACGAACACAUGAAGACACACACUGGAGAGAAACCCUUCAUCUGUGAAAUCUGCGGCAAGAGCUUCACCAGCCGCCCCAACAUGAAGAGGCACCGCCGGACCCACACGGGCGAGAAGCCCUACCCCUGUGACGUGUGCGGCCAGCGCUUCCGCUUCUCCAACAUGCUCAAGGCCCACAAGGAGAAGUGCUUCAGGGUGACCAGCCCCGUGAACGUGCCGCCGGCCGUGCAGAUCCCCCUGACCAGCGCCCCCGUGGCCGCGGCCCCGUCGGCCGUGAACACCCCCGCCGCCCCCGCCCCGCCGCUCAACAUGAACCCCGUGAGCACGCUGCCCCCGCGGCCCCUGCCGCACCCCUUCUCGCACCUGCACAUCCACCCGCACCCGCACCCGCACCCCGCGCACCACCUGCCCAUCCCGCCCGUCCCGCACCUGCCCCCGCCGCCCGCCCUCUUCAAGAGCGAGCCUUUAAACCACCGGGGCCAGGGCGAGGACACCUUCCUGCGGCACCUGGCCGAGAAGAACAGCUCGGGCCCGCACCACUAACGCCCGGGCCCGGGGCCCCACGCGUGUGUGUGUGUGCGCGCGCGCGCGCUUGCGCUGCCCCGCGGCUCCCGCUGCUUGCAGGGGUCGCGGGGGGCACCGCCCCGCCGUGUCCUCGGGAGCAGCAAGACUACCUACCGCUCAGAGGACAUGGUGGGCCCAACCAGGGGAGCCACCCAGUGCAAGGCUGCCGCGCUUUGCAUUUUCUGGUCAGACUUUUAUAAAUUUGGAAUACGCAGACCUGCGGGAUUUUAUAAUUUCAUAUCAGCUGAUGAGGUAUGCUUGCUUUUAUAUCCUCGACUUCCCCUCAAAGAGGGGUUAGGCCUGGUCUCCUUUGUACUAAUCGGAAAGGCUGUGAGAUUAAUCCAGAGCAUUAAUUGUAUCCCUGUGUAUGUAAUGAAAUCCUUCUCUCAUCUCUUGGUGCUGGCCUCCCAGGCUGAGCUAGCCGUGUUUCACAGUAUAUCAAGCAUUAUAGAGGAAAACGGGAAUUUUCUCCUUGGUGUAGCUCUCCUAACGCACUCUUUAUUUUACUACAGAAAUUAUUUUAGAGUUUUUUUGUAUAGACUUCUUUAGUAGUCGGUUUCUAAAACAAAAUGUAUUUCAAUAAGCGGUGUAAUUUUUUCAGUGUAGCUGGACCUAUGUUGUAAAAUAGAAAAAAAAUGUUUUUAUAAUCAUAAAAAUGUGAUUCCUAAAGAUGCAUAUAUAACUUCUAUAGUUUAAAAGUUAUCCUUCCAUCCGUACAACUGAAAGGUGCUUCAGAGACUGGGUGUAUCUGAGAGGGUGUCCAGGUCACUGCAGAAAUGAGGUUUUGUCUCUAGAACUUGGCAUAAGUUCUUAGUAGUAUUUAAAUCUCUGCUUCAUACUCAAAAUGUCUAGGGGCUGGAGAAAUAGCUCAAAGGGCUAGUGUGCAUCCUUUUGUAUGUGGCAGGCCCAGGUUUAAUUCCCAAUGCCACAUGGUUCCCCAAGACCUGCUAGGGAGCAGCCCCCAAGCACCGAGCAGGGAAUAGCCAACCCCUGAGCGCUGCUGGGUGUGGACCAAACCGCCACCCAUUCUCAAAAACCAAAAUUUUUUUUUUUCAGUUAUGGGGUCAGAGAGAUAGUACAGCUGGUAAGGUGCUUGUCUUGCACAUAUCAAACUUGAGUUCAAUCCCUGGCAACCCACGUGGUCCCCUGAACCUGCCAGGAGUGAUCACAGAGCCUGGAGAGAGUCCUGAGCACCGCCAGGUGUGGCCCCAAAAUAAAAAAAAAAAAAAAGCUCAGUGGUCUGGCUCACUGACAUGCUUCUACCCUCCAUGUUAUACUUGGUUCAGUUAUUGUGGUAAAUGAAUGCUUGGCAGAGGGUUGGACCUUUUCCAGCGAACGCUCACAUUUUUUUCAGCAUCAGCUAAAUGUCAGCUAAAGCUUGCACUUACUGAAAACUCUGAAUGACUCCGUUGACAGUCUAGAGGAGGAAGUAGUGGGGAUUGUCUCAUCUCAGUCACAGCUGUGACCAGGCGCAGCUUUUGGGAGGAUGCCUCUAUGAAGUCGCGUGACUCUGCACGUUCUGAGGUGGCCUGGGCUGGUAGAAGCGCCAGGCAGAUGAACGAGGUACACUGCAAGCACGCCCUCGAUGUUGUCUCGAGGAGCACAGACCCGUGCAGGCGAACACAGUUGGAUUCCGAGUUCUUAAGUGUUGUAGCACUGGACUUAGCCACAACUUUGAGCAGUUCGAACACAGUUGACACUGCAGUGAGGGAAAGAAAACACGGCAGCCGCAUCCUGAGUGACAAGUAGAGCAGGGCUUGCUGAAGCGGUCGGGUAGGCCGCUGUUUCCAGUCUGGGGAACUUCAGAAGAGCAUGAUCAAGAGCUUCUUAUAGGAAAGACUAAACAGAAGGGCUAACAUUUUGGUAAUAUUUAGCAGGUCAAAUUUUUCCACAUUACAUACGGCUGAAAAAAAAUGUUUUAAUAGAAAACGGAAUUCCAAACUAAGGUCAUCUCUGUCUCUUUCUUAAUCUUGAAAUUCCUUUAUUUUCCUUUCCUCGGGCUCUUAAACCACUGCCUGCAUCAGAAUCUUGGCCUUUAUUUAAUAUCAAAUGUACAGAUAUGCUUCAAGCACUUCCCCCGGCAGAUGAUUUUUAUGAUAGGAGAAAUAUGGAAGUCUUUCAGUGGAAGUUAAAGAAGUCCCUGUUUUUAAAGUACCACGUUCUCAGUUCACUUUUUGGCUUACUAUUUCCAGACUGUUUUUCCUUCUGAUUAUUGCCUUUGUUUCUUGGAUAACAAGCAUAGGAAAGUUUUGGAGAGAAGCAGAAAAAUAUCUCGACUGUAUUUUUCUUUCUGGUUGGUGGAUAUUAGUUCAUGGGAAUGUUAUUUUUAAGUCUUGGUAUACAUUCAUUGAACAUUCAGGUACCCCUGUCAAUAAGGAAAGUUAAUUAUCUGUUUAUGAAUUAAUCUUUGGGGCUGGAGCGAUAGCACAGUGGGUAGGGCAUUUGCCUUGCACGCAGACAACCCGGGUUCAAUUCCCAGCAUCCCAUAUGGUCCCCUGAGCAGUGCCAGGAGUGAUUCCUGAGUGCAAAGCCAGGAGUAACCCCUGUGCACGGCCGGGUGUGACCCAAAAAGAAAAAAAAUGAAUUAAUCUUUAGUAGCUGCCUCCCCUUUUCCCACAACCUCUUUUGCAUUCCACGGCAAGUGUGUGAAUUUAUACACAAGCUUUAUGUAAACAUAUCAUUACUUCAUGGUCAAAGCAUGUUAAUAUUAAGAGGAUUUUGAAAAACAAUGUAAAUUGCAGCUUAGUUAUUUUUUGUUCUAAGCAAAUUUACAAUGUUAGGCCGCAGUUCUGAAUUCUAGACUUGAGACCAGUGAAUGGACCAUUUCAUGAGAUGGACUUUAGUUGUACUCUGGGAAAUUCAGGAAGUCAUCUUUGUCAUUCAGUGAAUAUAGCCAUAAGAAAAACCUGUAACAUAGGAAAACCAGUAUUAAGCAAAUAAUCACCACCACCCUUAACAGAAGCAAAAAGGACUUAAAAAGAAGUCACUGUUGUACACAAUACAGAUAGGUCAAAGGUAUUGUGAAGCAUAGUGGAAACUUCCCCCACCCUUAACCCAUGCACCCCCCGGACAAGUACAUCCUCCAUGGCUUAGCAUUUGUGGUCUUCAGGAAAACUGCUCAGAAUGUAGUGGCUCCUCUGCCGUGUCCCAUUACAUGGGAAGAAUAAAAUGCAUUAAGAAUAUUUGUAAUGUUUCUGCUUCUGAAUAUUAAGAACUGCAGGAUUAAGCCUUAACUGUAAAUGUGCAUCAGGUUUAACAUGCUUAAGACUCAAACUCAGGGUUGAAAAUGUGUUGGGGGUCCUACACUAAGAUAAAAGGGGCAUUCUGUGGCGUUUUUCCCUGCCUUGCUGUGGUGGUGUGGAACCCCAUGGAGUUCCUCCCAGCUACUUGCUCUCUCAACUUGAAAAUUUGAGCUAUGGAGGAGUUUGAGUUCUCAGACCUUAUCAGUCCUUAAAUAAGCCUUUCAAAGGCCCCGGGCCUCCUGUUUCAGCUUUAUGUUAGUAUCACAUUUAUCAACUUGAGGUUGCUUCAUGUUACUGAAUUUUACGGUCUUCAAAGGCUCGAAGCAUUAUGAGGGUUAGGGGUUUUCUUAAGAAAGAUUCCAGAGGGUGUUUUGAUUUGGCUUUGCUCUUCCCUGUCCCUGCCCCCUUACAUUUUUCUGUUCUUUUCUUGGACAUUCAUCAUUCAAAUGUAAACUCUUCCUUAGCCAUAAUGAAAGGCUGUUUGCUGCUUUUCUGAGUUUGAGUCUUACUGGGCUCAGACUGAGUUUGAUUUUAAAAUUUGAAUGAAAAAAGUAAGAUGGAUGGUCUAGAGGCAUGUGGCUUCAUUUUCACCUAUAUUUGUGAUUUCGGUUCUUAAUUUUAGCAAGCAUGGAGGUCCACUGAUAAACCUUUAUUACAUGGUAGUUCAAAGAAACCUUUGCGAAUCAGUUACAUAUGCUUUAAAGUCUGUCAUUUGCAUUAACUAUUCUAAAUUAAUGACUGAGUAUGGACACUACUAUAGUUGUACCAAGAUGUUAAGUACUACAUUUGUUGGCUGUACCUUUUCAUUGUGGUUAGAAUGCUCCCUAUAAUUGGAUUAUUCCUAGUGUACUAACUGAAGACAAAAAUGCUCUGAAGAGAUGCUUGUAAACUUUGAAUUUGCUACUUCUUAAUGUUUUUUUUUCUGUUUGUUAAAUGGCUAUGUAUAUUUAGUUUGAUUUCACUGGAAGUUUUAAAUUUUGAGAUGAUCAAGCAGAAAUAGCCAUCCACGGCGAGUAUAAAUAUAUCUACAUGUAGGUAUAUAGAUAUAGCCCAUCUUGCAGAUUUUUGUCAGUAAAACAAAUGGUAGAAUGGGUUUUAUAGUUAAAAAUAAAAAGAGAAGAAACUCGAAGUUAAAGAAACCCUUCUGUUUGAGCUACUGUGUAGAAAAAAAUGACUUGUAUUACAGUGCUGAUCUAUGGAUGUUUCAUUUAAGUUUUCAUAUACUUGAAACAUACAGUUUCAAGGCUGUUCUAGACUGUAUUGGACAUAUGCCAUAUAAAAGGGAGUAAGUUACAUUUAAGGAUUUUAUUGGCGAUCUACCAUCACAAACAAACUUGGAAUUCUUCAGACUAAAAAAAUUGAGCAAGUAAAUAGUGGGUUUUAAUUUUCCUUUGCUGAAGUCAAGAUAGAAAAUUUCCCAAAAGACAAUUUUUUUCAGGAAUGAAAGGUCAUGAGCCAUUAGAGAUGGUGGCAUUAUUAUGCAAUAACAACAACCCCCACCCCCCCUUACCUGCUUCUGUCAUCGUAGCGUUUAUAAUAUAUGAUGGUGACCUUCUAACCCUGGACACUACCUCGAGAAAGCAAACCAGAGAUCCUCUCUACACUUUGUAUGGAAGCCAUAAAAAUUGCCAUCAAUAUAUCCACUUUCAUAGUUCUAUACUUUUAUACUCUGACUUUUAUAGACUUUAUUAUCAGAUCCUUUUUGUUUUAGAGGAUAGGUUUUGCAAGAUUCAAAGGAAAAUCAAACUCCUUGGUCAUGCCACCUUUGAAGCUUUAGCUUCAGUAAAUUUGAUUAAAGAACCAUAUGAUGUACCUCUGAUUGACUUCUUCAUUUAAGUCAGAACUAUGUCUGUCGCAGAGUUGCAUAUCUUGAAAACAGACUUCUCUUUCUUAUUCCCUAAGUAGGAGCUAUAUUGUUGUUAGGAACUCCCCAUAAAGUGGAUUUCUACCUUGUUACUCUGUGUAUUACUCAAUAAUAUAUGUAUUGUCUCAAGGCUCCUGGAAUUGUUUUUAUUUCCUUGGGACAGGUAAGUGAUCUAGACCUCUCUCUAGUCCUCUCUUAGUCUCACUGCCACUCCAGUCUCUCACUCUGUUCUUGAGUGCCUUCAAAAAGCCAGCAUCCUGGAAUAUUCUUUUCCGGUCUAAAUCCUACCUCUGAUAAUUUCAUUUUCCAUGAGUAUUGGAACCCACCUUUAUUUCUGCUGGUUUGGUUCUUGAAACCAGCUAAAACCUGGGGUUUGAACUUGCUUCUGUUUUGUUUCUCUAUGUCAUUUUAGCUUGCUGUUUAAAUUCUUGCUUUUAUUGUUCCAUAGAUUACAUAUCUGGUAACGAGAGAUUUUUUCACCCCUAGACUACUGUUCACGUAUUUUCUCUUGCCGGAAACUCAGACGCUCCUUUACAAUGAAAGAUUCUUUGAAACGUCUUUUCGUCCCCUUGGUCUUCCUGAAUGCCUCCCCUGUCCAAUGGGGACCCCACGUGCUCCUCUUGCAGUGUCUUCCCUUCCCCAGAAACACUUUUGUCAGGUUGUACCCACAAUUUAAUUUUAGUUAAGCUUAUUUAAAGUUGUUCCAAGUUGAUCAAACAUCCUUGGCUGGUUUUCCUUCGACCUCUCCGCCGCCAGUACUGCAGAAGCUUCUGGUCACUUUCAUCUCUACCUGUUUUCAUCAGAUUAAUCUUUUUUGAGUGGCAUUGAUCCGUAAUAUAGGAGGGAUGUCGGGAAAGUGGGGGGAAGGGGCUUGCUGUGUGUGUCCUGCUGGUGUUGGAGCGUCUGAUGGGUGGAACUUCUUAGCAGCCGGCUAGUCUUGUACAGCCAAAACUCAAGUGGUGCUGGGUCUGCGUCUUUUGUUCUCCUUCCAGUUCCUCCAGAGUUCAGUGCAGAUCUCUUUCAACCGAGGCAGAAGGUCUGUUUUGUUUUUUAGUGAAAGCUCUGGAGUGUUUUAGCCUUGGUCAGACUGCCCUUCCUCAAAAUGCCACGGCUCUUGCCUUCAAGUGAACAAUUCCGAUACUCAGGUUUUCACGACCGGUAAUGGUCACACCAACUGGGAGUCUGAAAGACAGUCGUCGGGGCCAGAGAGAUGGUAAAGUGGGUCAGGCACUUUCCUUGCAUGUGGCCAACCCGGGUACAAUCCCUGUGACCCCGUAGAGUCCCCUGAACGCCACCAGGAGAGGUUCCUGAGUCCAGAGCCAGGUGUAACUCCUGAGCAUCUCCAGAUGUGACCCCAAAGCAACCACGAAGAAGGCAGUGGUUAAUUUUUGUCAUCCUUUUUUAUCCAUGGGGCAGUGUGGAAUCUUGAUGUUUGAAAGUGAUCUCAAUUCAAGGUGAGGUAAGGUCUUUACUGCGAGUUUACAAAACGUAGAAGGUAGAUUUUUACAGAAAUAAUGAGAAUUUCUGGUUGUAAACAUUUUUUUUUUCUCUAAUUGGCCUCGAUAAUUCCCUAUGAUGGACCUGGAAGUUUACCUAAAUUUACCACUUAGGAACACGCAUGACCCUAAGCCUGGAGUGGUGGCCGGGCCCUGAGGCAGAGCCUGGCCUCACAGGACAGUACAUUUGCAUGAAUGCUACAGGGAGUGUUGUUCCAAGACACUACCCUCCGCUCCCUAACUCCAGGUUCCCUUCUCACUACUUGAGAUUCUCGGGAGAGUACUACAGAUGACUUAAAAUGACUUGGAAGGAACAUUAGGAAAUCGGGCUGGUGCAAGAGUGGGAAAAGCUUGAGUCUUGCCUGACUUCAGAAGAAAAGCGAUAUUUGCUUUGCUGGCUUUGAGUAACCAAAGAGUCUGUCUGUAACGAAACGUGCCAGUUGUUUCUCAGCAUCCAACCACUGGACCCGACACAGCUUCCGCCCACCCUGCCUUCUUCAGGUGAAAAGGGACCUUGGGAUGGGAGGGACAGAGCCAGGGAUUCACCUCAGACUUGACCGUUCUGAGGAAAUGUUUGACUCUUCUAGAAUCGGUGUCCCUCCUAGAAAUGCCCUCUCUGUACUUGAUUAUUCCGCUCAUUCGGCUUUUUAGAAUGAAAGCAACCAUGUGAUGUGCUUUGGUCGUCGCUCUCCAAAGUUGCAGCAUCCGAAAACUCUUUCUCCCGCACAUUUUCCCUUAGAACACACGGGCGUUGGCGGCGGCAGUCUGUCUUGUGGCAUUAGCGUCUGUGUCCACGCGAGGGCAGCAGAGUACUUCAGCGUCCUUAUUCCCGCCCGUGGCCGGCCUCCUUCCACUCAGUCCUUCUUAGGCCUUUUGGUUUUCAGGCGCUUUCCCUUGUUUCUGAGUCUCGGGAGUUUCUCUCAGCCUCUGUGAAGUGAAGGUUGAUGUGCUGUGUGGACCGUCCAUCCCUCUGGGCGUCUUCUCAGCCAGGACCUCCUGGGGACUCUGUUGUAUGUUAAAUGAAGAGCAGGAAGACCCUCCCACCCCCCAUCCCUUCUUUCUUCCCAGACCCCAGACCAGUCUCAGCUCAGGGAAGGAGCAGGCCAGUGGAGGCGCCAAGUGUGAGGGAGGAGAUGCUUCCUGCCUUCUUUGUUCCAAACAGACGUCUGUCUGUCACGUCCAGGGGGUCUUGCUCGAGGCUUCUUCCUGGCCUGUGCUUGUUCCCUGGAGGCGCCUAGCACAUCUCUGGGCCCCUUCUCUGUGCUCCCGUGUUUCUUUGAGUUCUCUGGCCACAGGUGGUGUUAGUGUUCCGCUGGCUUCGCUGUGGCACUUCACACUAAGCAGGUCAGCCCAGGGACGGGAAACCAAGGCCUCAUCCGCUCCCCCGCUCAGCUGGCGUGGCCUUGUCCCAACUCUCUCUCUUCUUCCCUGGCCAAGGCUGACCCCGAGCAAUACAGUCUGUGCUCGGAACUCUUAAUAAACUCUUUAACACUUAGCAAAAUGUGAGGCUGAAGGUCGGGAGAGACCAGGUGUGACGUGCUUGCUUUUAUUUUUUUUUGUUUGUCCUCCUGUUCCCCCCCAUUCCCCCACCCCCACAAUAGUACUGAAAUCACUUGCACUUUUUCUCUUCUCUUAGAAAAAGAAAAUCCAAUUUGCUUGCCAGGAAAUUGUUUGUUAGGUUUACAAAGCUCGUUGUUGAAUGUUGAACAUUUGUCCAAAGGAGUUUGACGGAACAGAAGCUGCUUGGGUGGGGGGUCUGUGCGCGAGGCCCUGAGGAGGAGGCCGUGGAGCGAGACCAGAGGACAGUCCAGUGUACAGCCCCGCUCACCUGCAAGGAAGCCUGGGGGAGGUGACAGGGAGGUAGGACAGCGACGGUGUCUCUUCAGACAGGAGACCCUGGGAGAGAGGAGCCGAGCUCGCCACCUGACCCCCCAACCAGCCCAGCGACCCUGGGGUCACCCUUUCCCAGUCCCCCUUAGACCCCUCCAUGUGCUGAUCACCCCCCCUUUGUGUUAACUACACCAAUAUUUUUUUUUAACAAUUGAAAUGCACUUUUUUUUUUGUUUCAAUUCAAUCAUGAUUUUAAGUAUAAAAAAAGCUUAAGACUGUUAAAACUACUUUUUGUGUGUGUGUUUUUAACCACUCGAUGUAGCAUUGUCUAUUUUAUUCUUAUGAGACUCUGGUACAAGUGUGCCACUUCAUGAUCUUUCUGAGAUGCUGGGCCUUUGGAUGUGUACGGUAACCGACUUAAUGCUAAUGUUGAAAGUAAAUGAAAAGAACAGUAUCCAUA